AUGAGUCUACAAAAAGUCAAACCGCGCAACGCGCGCACCAAGCGCAUCCUUGAAAAGCGCGACCCGCAAAUCCACGAAAACCCCAAGACAACGCUGUUCCUCAAAGGCACCUCCUGCUCCUCUCUCGCUUCGCUCGUCCUCACAGACCUCCACUCACUCAAGCGGCCGCAAGCCAUAAAGUUCACCAAAAAGAACGCCAUCCACCCCUUCGACGAUGCCUCCUCGCUCGAGUUUUUCAGCGCCAAAAACGACGCCGCCCUACUCCUCUUCGGCAACUCGUCCAAGAAGCGCCCGCAUAGCAUCACGCUCGCACGCAUGUUCGACCAUGCCUUGCUCGACAUGCUCGAGCUGCUCGUCGUGCCCGACACGCUGCGCACCCUGGCACAGUUCAAGACCCGCAAGCCUGCCGUCGGGCUCAGGCCCCUGCUUGCCUUUUCAGGGGCUGCGUUUGAGAGUCCCGUUGCAUCGCCGUAUACCCUGGCGCGCAGCCUGUUUAUCGAUCUGCUGCGCGGCGAGGAGGCUGCCGGCAAGGUCGACGUAGCCGGGCUGCAGUACCUGGUGCACAUCAGCACGGCGGAAGCUGGGAGCGAUGCAGGAGAGAUGCCGCCGAUUCAUUUCCGCGUGUAUUUGCUGAGCACGAAGCGUGCGGGUGGCAAGGUGCCGCGUGUGGAGGUCGAGGAGAUGGGUCCGAGGAUUGAUUUCCGUGUGGGCAGGACGCGGGUGGCGGAGCCGGAUAUGAUGAAGGAGGCGCUUAAGACCCCAAAGGGCCUGGAGGCGCGCGCCAAGAAGAAUGUCGAGACGGAUUUGAUGGGUGAUAAGGUUGGUAGGAUUCAUAUGGGCAAGCAGGAUCUGGGCAAGAUGCAGACGCGCAAGAUGAAGGGCUUGAAGAGGGGCAGGGAGGAGUUUGAGGGCGAGGACGCGGCGACCAUGGUUGGUGAUACUGGUGAUGGCAUUGACGGUGAUGAGGAGGACGGCGGUGUGCCGGUGGGUAAGAAGGAGAGGGUAGCGUAGUACUGAAGCGUGUGUGCGUGAGUGAGAUGGAGCAUUGUCCGGCGUUUUUCAGUGAAGGCAAAAUCUACAAUUAUAAGGGAUCCAUGUAUUCUCGGCGUUCUGGCACUGUCAUAGUAGGAGCUCCUCUGUAUGCAUCGCUCGUAGUCCUGCAGCUACUACCUACCAUAUCUACCUCCUUCAUUGCUCCUCGU